AUGAAUGAUGAAAAUGAACCUGAAUUACAGUUAUUAUUUUCUUUAAAGCCAGGAACUGACAGACGUAGAUUCAAUUUUCAGCGAACAAAUGAGGUUGCUGCUAUCUUUUCAACCACUGCCGAUGGUGAAAUUCCAGAAUCUUACGUUACUAUUAGGAACAAACAUACAAAACUUUUGCAAUGUGUUAGUACUAUGGAUCCAAACGUGGCACCAUGGAUAUAUCCACUAUUCUAUCCUUAUGGAUCACGCGGUUGGCACCGUAAUUUAGAACGUAUUAAGAUACAUGACAAUGACAUAACUCGACGAAUAACACGAUUAGCUUAUACAAAAUAUAAAAUUGCUAUAAGGCCAGAUGAAUUUAAUGCUAUUAUAAUGGGUCGUCGAUUAUUUCAGCAAUGGAUAGUAGACUCUUAUGUUAAAGUCGAAAAAGAUAGAAUUCAAUGGUGCAAAGAUCACCAAAAAGAAAUAAAAGCAGACACGUAUCAAGGAUUACACGAUUACUUACAAAAUUCUACUAAUGAUAUUGAUGGACAAGUAGGAAAAACUAUUAUUUUACCAUCAACUUUUUUAGGUUCGCCCCGUCAUAUGCAACAAAGUUACCAAGAUGCAAUGGCUUUAGUUGCUAGAACUGGUAAACCAGACAUUUUUCUCACCAUGACUUGUAAUCCUAAAUGGAAAGAGAUUCAAGAAAAUCUUUUACCAGGCCAACAGGCUUGUGAUAUUGUAGCUCGCAAACGUGGUUUACCACACAUGCAUUUAUUGAUAACUUUAAGAAGCGGUUAUAAAAUAACCACACCUGCAAUGGUUAAUAAAUUUAUAUCAGCUGAGCUUCCAAAUAAAGAUACUGAUCCUAUUUUAUAUGACAUAGUUGUGAAAAAUAUGAUACACGGGCCUUGCGGUGAUUGGUGUAUGGUAAAUAAUAAAUGCUCAAAAGAAUUUCCGAAAGAAUUCCAAAAUGAAAAUAUUAUGGAUAAAACUGGCUAUCCUCAUUAUCAAAGGUCGAAUAAUGGUAUUACUCAUGAAUUACUUAAUGGUCAUGUAGUUAAUAAUCGAUGGAUAGUACCGUAUUGUCGGGAAUUAUUAGAAAUGUUUGAUUGUCACAUAAAUGUAGAAAUCGUAUCAAGUGUUCGAGUUGUAAAAUAUUUAUAUAAAUAUAUUUAUAAAGGACACGAUGCAGCAACAGUAACUAUUGGGAAUGAAAAUGUAUCUACAAAUAUUAUUAACCACGAUGAAGUUAGCAGUUUCAUAGAAACUCGAUAUGUCGGACCUGUUGAAGCAUGUUAUCGAAUUUUUAGCAAGCCAUUGCAAGAUAAAAGUCAUGCUAUAGAACGACUACCAAUUCAUUUACCACAUCAGCAAUACGUAGUAAUUUCAAGUAACGCAGAAAACAUUGUAGACAAUCUGCAUCAUGCGAGUACAGCUUGCCUAGAAUUAGGAUUAAUAGAAGACGACGAAGAAUGGGCUAAAGCGAUGGAGGAAGCAAGAAUAUGGAUGAUGCCACGUAGACUUCGACAAUUGUUUGUUCGAAUUUUAAUACAUUAUCAACCUAUACACCCUGAAGAAUUAUGGGAUAAGUUCAAAGAUGCAUUGUCGGAAGAUUUUUCGCGAACGCACGACGUUAUUAUAAGUCAUCAAAUGGCAUAUGCUGAAAUUAAUAAUUUAUUGAAUUAUGAAGGUAAGAGUUUGGCUGACUACCCUACUAUGGAUCAAACAGUAGUUAGUCAUUUAUUAUUAGAAAACAAUAAUGAAUCAUUACAAUCAAAUUAUAAAGAAAUUGGAGAACGUCAAUAUCAGCUAUUGAAUGAACAACAAAAAGAAAUUGUCGACGUUGUUUUGAACUUAGCAAAUGAGACUAAUAAUCAUGACAAUAAUUGUAUAUACAUCGAUGGUCCAGUAGGAUCAGGAAAAACUUUCAUUUACACAUCUAUUUAUAAUUUACUGUGCUCAAAAAAAAUCAAAGUAUCUUCAAUGGCCUUCACUGGAAUUGCAGCAAUAUUACUUCCACAAGGAAAAACAGUACAUAAAACAUUUGGUCUUCCUGUUCCUAUGUACAGUGACUCAUCGUCAAGUAUAACAGCGCAAUCUAAGGAUGGCCUUCUACUAAAAGAAACAAAAGUUUUUAUUUGGGACGAAGCACCUAUGGCUUCAAGAUAUGCAUGA